AUGACUAUUCAACAAAUCACUUUGUUGUUCAUACUCUCCUUUUCAUGCUUUAUAACCCAGGCAUCUGCAGUAUUCGAUGCUACCGGUAACUCCAACCUCGUUAUGUAUUGGGGUCAGGCUUCAGCUGGUAGUCAAGAAAGACUUGGAUACUACUGUGAAGAGGGCAAAGCUGAUAUGAUCGUUCUCUCUUUUAUGACGGCAUUCCCUGGAACUAAUGAUAUUCCUUCUUUGAAUUUUGCUAGUGCUUGUGUUGGCACAGAGUACGACAAUGGUUUAUUACAUUGUUCAGAAAUUGCUGAGGAUAUUAAAACCUGCCAAAGUAGCGGUGUUAAGAUUCUUUUGUCCUUGGGUGGUGCUUCGGGGGCUUAUGGCUUUACCACCGGCAGUGAAGCAACUGAGUUUGCCGAUAGUUUGUGGAAUUUGUUUCUUGAAGGAGAUAGCGAUACCAAACCAUUUGAUGAUGCCAUCAUUGAUGGUUUUGACCUUGAUAUCGAAGACAACAAUUCUGAAGGCUAUACUGCGCUUGUGACUGAAUUGAGAAGCAAGUUUUCUAAGGGUACUAAAGAUUAUUAUAUUUCUGCAGCUCCACAAUGUCCAAACCCAGAUGAGUCUUUAAACAACGUCAUGACAAGUGCCGAAAUUGACUUUGCUUUCAUUCAAUUCUACAACAAUUAUUGUCAACUUGGCGGUUCUUAUUUCAACUAUGACACUUGGGAGGAAUGGGCCAAAAGCAGUGCUUACAAUAAGGAUAUAAAAUUGUAUCUUGGUGUUCCUGGUUCUUACUCCGCUGCAAGUUCUGGUUAUACUGAUAUUAGCACCUUGAAAUCUGCUAUCGAAUCUGUUUCAUGCUCAUCAAACUUUGGUGGUGUUAGUGUAUGGGAUGCCAGUCAAGCAGAUGCCAAUGAAGUUAGUGGCGGUACUUGGGCGGCUUAUGUGAGAGAUGUUCUUGACAAUGAUAUCUGUGCAUCUGGUGUAAAUAGUUCGAUCCCUCUGACUUCUUCUUCUUCUGCUUCUGCCUCUUUUUCGACUACCUUAAGCACUAUAAUGUUUAGCUCCUCUGCCUCAUCUCUGUUUGUCACUACCAUCACCCCAACUGUCAUUAGCUCUUCUGUCAUUACCACUACUAUUGAACCAAUCUCUUCCAGUGCUAAAUUACUUUCAACUACAACUGUUAACCCUGCUGCUUACUCAUCUUUGAACGCCCCUGAUUCUCUCUCCACCUCUUAUUCUACUUAUUACUCCACAUCCACCUCUUACUCUACCUUUACCUCUACAUUCACUUCUACCUCCGUCUCUACUACCUAUGUUGCUUAUUCACCAUCCUCGAAUGCCUCUAUCCCUACUCCAACUUCCAUGGCUUUUGAUGUUGCAGUUUUUGCAAAUUCAACUGCCUCUAAAUCCACAGCUAACAUCACCUCUUACUCAACCUCUUAUUCUACACAUUACUCUACUCUCACCUCUUACUCUACCUCUACCUCUACCUUUAUCUCUACCUCUAUCUCCACUACCUAUAUUGCUUCUUCCACUGAAGUGGACACCGAAACUUCUUCAUCUUCAAGUUCUCCUGCUUCUAGCACCACAACCUCCUCUACCUCGUCUUCCACAGCUUCUUCUACUAUUAACUCCUCUACAUCGUCUUCCACUGCUUCAGCUGAAGCUCGAGACUGUUCAAGUCUUUCUGGAUUGGAAAGAGCGAAAUGUAUGAAUGCAUUAUAUAAAUUGGAUUCAUAUUAUCUUCGUGAUGCCCAAGAGUGCACUGAUGGUGCUAUUAUUUGCCGUGCUAGUGGAGAGCUUGCCAUUUGUGAUAACGGUACCUACGUUUCCAUUGAAUGUCCUUCCGGAACCACCUGUUAUGCUUCCAAUGAUGGUGAUUACGUGAUAGUUACUUGUAACUUCUCUUCUUACAAAUCUGCCUUCUUGUACUGA